UCACGUGACCAGUCCCCUUGACGUCACGUGGCAAUAUGGCGGCUCCCUUCGAUGAACAGUUUUUUGUUUCUCUGGAACUUCUCCUAAAGUCGCCAUCGAAGGAUGCGCUGCGGGAGCUGUUCUCCCAGAGCUACCAGCAGGUGGCGCUAGAGGGCGGCCGGCUGGCCCAGCGCACGGCGGAGGACCUCGACAUCCCCUUCGCGCAGGCGCAGCAGCUGCUGCAGUGUCUGCACUCUCUCGCCCACCAUGUGGUAUUCCGCGGUCUGACCCGACCGCAGCAGAUCCAGGAUCUGUUCCCCGCCUCCUUCCAUGCCAGCCUCAAGAACCUGAUCACAAAGAUCCUCCUGGAGCUCAGCCCUGCUUGGCGCUCAGAGGCCAUCCAGACGCACAUCUCUCUCCCACAGUUGAAAGCGUUUGAUUGGAGGGUGGACAUGGUGACGUCAUCAGACUCCGUCAGCCGCAUGGCCGUACCAAGCUGUCUGCUGAGCCUGCAGCUGGGGGAGGACCGGGUGGUGGUGGAGUCGAGCCGUGAGACUCUGGACACAAUGCUGGACGGACUGGGACGCCUGAGGCAGCAGCUGGCCCUGGUGGCCGGGAAAUAACACAACUCUGGUGUCAACACGACAUGUAACACAACGCUGGUGUCAACACAACUCUGGUGGAGCACAACUCUGGUGUCAACACAUGUACCACAACUCUGGUGUCAACACGCAACUCUGGUGUUAACUGAACUCUGGCGUCACCACAACAAGUAACAACUCUGCUGUCAACACAACUCUGGUGUCAACACAUGUACCACAACAGUUAACGGUUGUACAUUAUACAUCUAUAACUGCUCUAUAUUAUAUAUUCCUAUGUCUGUACCUGUUCUAUAAUAUCUAUCUCCGUCUUUGUUAGAAUUUCCAUAGUAACGAGAUAUUUGUGGAGCUGGUUUUUGUUCAUUGUCACAUUUCUAAUAAAGCGUAACUUUACAUUU